AUGACCUUGAAAGGUGGGACAACUCUAUACUGCGAUGUAUUCGUACCGAACGAGCUUCACGACCUUUCGGUCAAGCCUCAGAAGCAGAUGCCUGCUAUAGUUGCCUGGACACCAUACGGGAAACAGAACAGCAAGCCGAACAUUGAUGAUUUCCCCUUCCGAGCAGGUGUUUCUGCCGAUGAUCUUUCUGGCUUGGAGACAUCUGCUAAAGCGAUCCUGCUCUGCACAAUGAACCGGAGAAGUCACCGAGCGACCGAACGGCAUUUAGCAUCGGGAAAAGCUUUUGCCACACCGCAGGAUUGGGAGAAACCAUUUACAUCAGUGGAAAGCACAAAUUGUCGGCUUCAGGAUCACCUGGCGAUCACCAAGCGAAGCUUCCUUGAGUUUACCUCCAAAAGUAAUUGGGUGGGGUGCUAUAGCCCCAAGUACGCCAUUGCUCGGCGCAGAUUCCUGAUGCUCAUACCCCAGUAUCCAAAUAUGAUCCUUACAAUGGCACAUGCGCUGAAUCAGCGCGAUGACAGCUAUGUCAAUCCAAAUAUCCCAGCACUGAUCAAUCAAACGAUCUCACAAUACGAUGUGAGCACGGGCUCGUCCUAUUGGGCAAGCUCCUUUGUGACGAGUGACGAGGGUCAGAAGUUCCUCGCUAUAUCACACAUUUUGACCACUGAGGCGCCCGAUCCUGUCUGUCGGUCUUCCGUUUUGGACUUGCAGACCAACGAAUACUGGGUUGAUUUGACCUAUUGCCACGCAGCGAACGAAAAUGCUUUUGAUACAUCCAUCCCUCUCGAUUUGGACUAUGGAACGUAUGGGUUUCGAUCGACGUCGGCCGAUAGUAUCUCGGAGAUGAGUACUUUUGCGGAAACCAACGCAUCAUUUGCCUUUAACAUUAGCUGGAAAGCGACAUCACAAACUCUAUUGAAUGGCGGCAGCGGCAUCAUCGCCUUUGGAGCCGGCCCGGCCAACGCAACCGAGUGGGGUCUACCAGCCUGCCAGAGCUCGGGUACUCUGACACUAAACGGCACGACCCAUGUCAUCGAUGCUGACAAUUCCUUCACCUGGUUCGAUCGGCAGGUGUCAUUUGGAGCUCCCAAGAACUGGACAUGGUUCGAGUUGAAUUUUCCUGGCUCUGCCAUCAAAGCCAGCGUCUGGGCGUACGAUCUAGGCGUCACCGGCCAGUCACCGUACCAGUUCGCCACGGUGCGCGUUGGACACUCGAUGCAGGUUCUGGCCUAUACUUGGACACCCAACAUGAAGAAUACCUGGGUAUCUCCCAAAUCUGGCUUGGUGUAUCCCUUGGAAUGGACCUUGGAUUUUGAAAAUGGAGAUUACCUGGACGUCCAAUCAAUUCGUCCCGAUCAGGAGAUGUAUGGAUCAAAUGCUCUUGUCGAUUCGGCGUACGAGGGUUUCAUUACUGUAAGAGGACGCUUUCAAGGGCAAGAGAGUGGAUUUGGUGUCGUUGAGAUGGUUACUGCCUACCAGUAG